AUGAAAAAGAGAACAUCAUCUGACACAUCGUUCAGUCUAAAGAAUAUUUCUGCGUCUUUUCUUCUAUUGGGUUUGGCAUUCGGAAGUGUCAAAGUAGUCGGAAAAAGGGGCGAUCAGAAUGUCCAACAGCGAGCCUGGACGGAGUUCUGCUCGAAGAACAUCGACAAGGAAGUGCUGGAAAAGGCAUCUUCGUUCAUGCCCUGUGAGCAGGGGGUGAAGAUCUGUUCUGCCCACUUCAGGGAGAAUUGCUUCAGGGGCAGGAAUCCAGAAGGAGAGCCUAUCCUCAAGAAGAGCGCUUUUCCCACCAUUCCGGCAAUGCGUGAGGAUCAGGUGGCGUCUGAGCAGUAUUUCGUGGUUCAGGAGGUUCCGGGAGUGAAUCCCGGUGAGGUGGAAUACCAAAUGCGGCCAAUUGAGGAGGCGGAUUUGCAAGAAGAAUUCUGCCUCGUGGAUGAAGAUGAGAAUUGUAUUCUGUCAGACGAUAUGAACCAAGAGGCUGAGAUACCAACAAUGAUCCUCGCAGAGAACGACCAGGGCGAGGAAGUGCUGUUAGAGAUGCUUCCCGAUGAUUUGUACCUUCUCCAAGACAUUCCUACCCUCGUGCCAUUCGAUAGACAAUCCGUGGAAGCUCAGGAGCGAGAGAAUGCGCAGGCAAAUGAUCCUGAAAUGCCUGAGACUUGUGAACAUGAAGCGGAAUACAGGGCGAUACUGAAGAAUAACCAGAAGAUGGAGUCCAAGCUGAAGAAACUGUUGGAGGAGAACGGAAAGCUGAGCAGUUCUUUGCGCCGAAUGCGCUCGCAGAUCAACAAAGUGCCGCGGAACUUCAGCCACUUCUUCACUGCCAGCCAGAUGGACAGGAUUCGUGGCGUGACGCGCGAGUGGACAAAAAGAGACUUCUUCAGGGCGAACAAGUUAGCCGAUUUCGGUCCGCAGGCUUAUGAGUAUCUGCAGCACGCGUACAAAUUCCCUCUGCCCAGCCUGAGCGAGCUUCAGCAAAUUCGUCUGGCAAAUUGUCCAGGCAGCGACACAAAGAGUGACAGAGCUUGAAGAUUCGUACACUAUAAAGAGUCUUGGCAGAAUUCCCGAGAAUGCUGACUUCCGGAGAGGUGAGAGACAGAUUCAGUCGGCAGAACUGCUGAAUUUGGUGGAUAACCAACUUCAACCGCAG